AUGUCAGACGUUAAAUGCAGAAACGUGCUAUUAGUCGGUGCUUCUGGUAAUGCUGGUAAAAAUAUUUUACCGGCUUUGCUUGCCGAUACUAAUUUUAAAGUUAGCGUUCUUUCACGUGCUGAUUCAUCAGCAACUUUUCCAGCAAAUGCCAAUAUCAUUCACGUUAAUUAUUCAGACAAGCCAGCUCUUGUUAAAGCAUUAACUGGUCAAGAUGUUGUCGUUUCUGCUGUGGGCGGUGAAGCUCUAUUGAACAAUCUAGACAAAAGUAUUAUUGAAGCUUGUCUUCAAGCAGGUGUUAAAUGGUUUAUUCCAGCAGAAUAUGGUUUCGAUUUCAAUCAUGAUUCUGCUUCAUCAAUUCCUAUUAACAAUGGUCGACUUGAGAACAUCAAAAUACUAGAAGAAAAUCAAUCAAAUAUUGCACAUACUUUUGUUUCUACCGGUGCUUUUCUUGAUUGGGGUCUUGAUACUGGUUUUCUAGGUUUUGAUAUAGCCAAUCGCAGGGUAACACUCUAUGAUCAAGGUAAAAAUUUGGUAUCCGGUACGAUCCUUAAAAAUCUUGGCAAAACCAUUGUGGCUAUUCUUCAUCAACCUCAAUUAACCUUAAACAAACGAAUCUAUAUUGCUGAUGCGACAUUUACGCAACAAGAUAUUUUAGCUCUUUUUGAGAAAUAUACAAACGUUAAAUGGGCGGUCAAACAUGCCACCACAGAAGAAACUCUUAAAAAUGCUGAAGAAGCAUGGACAAAUGGCAAUGUUUUGGAUGGCUAUAUCGGAUUCAUUCUAGGAUUGGCUUAUAGUGGCAAAGGUGCAUGUGAUUUCGAAGAUAAGAUAAACAAUCAAGAUUUAGGAUUGGAGAGAGUCUCAUUGGAACAAGCCAUCAAAGAAGCGGUUCAACGAAACAAAAUUAAUGUUCAUUAA